AGUGUCAGUAGUAGGGAUUGACAUGUCGCACUGGAAGGAGGUUAUUCAAAGCCAGUUGUGUUUAUCUAUUCGGUAGUGACAUACCGGCAACUGCAAUGGCAUUUAUAGUUAUCAAAUCUCAUAAGAAGAACAAUAAUAUUUUUGAAGAUUCUCCAAUAUUAAUUAAUAUUUCACAAUCGUAGUAUAUUAUAAUUAUUCGCGUGUGUAAUUAGAAAAAGGGAAAACCUGGAUGAUUAGUUUGUCCUUUUUUUUUUGAUCCUAACCAAAGUGAUCCUCAUUCGAAGACAAAUGUGUAAGACGGAACGGUAGAAACUUAAAGAAAAACAGAGAUAGAUAAAAUAAUAGCACAGGUGCAACAUAGUGAUAAGAAAGAACAGUGUUGUUAACUAUUAUAUACGUACUUGACUAUGACUAUAGUGAACUAGGAAAGCGCAUGUUGUUUUUUUCAAAAUUCUAUCGGCAAAAGAACAGCUGGGAGAGAGAUCUUAAAAGGAAAUGCUUUAAAACGCAAUCCCAAUUAAAGCGUUCAAGGGUGAAGGACCAACCGUGUGGAUCGAGUCAUGACGAAAUAUUGGUUCAAUGUCAUUAUUUUCAGGGUUAUCCUUCCGGCCAUAUUAGCAGGAUGUACAAUAUGGCGGCCGGUAGGACUAUCCCUAGUAUAUUUGGGACUGGCAUUAUAUUCGCCGAUAGUUCCAACACCCACAAACAAAACGAUGUCUGGUCAUACCGGACUUUACUUAAAGGCAACCAUCUGUUUGUGCUUCCUAGUUGCCAUAACUCAGCUUACGUUUCACAUAGUUUUAUUAGCAAUGCCACCAUACGGCUAUUUUCUUCAAGACUGUCAAUUUAUGGAAGAAUUGUUCAGACACAUAGGUUUAGUAAAACUAGAUAACGCAUCGGUAUGGGAAGUGUUUUAUUGGCUAACACCAGAAUUAAUAUUAUUACCGAUAACUAUAGUUAUAUACGUAAUGUGUCGUUUCUUAACGCAAAAUAAACAAAACAAUGGUGAGGAGGACGUAUCCAUUCAAAGAACUAAUGAUUCUGCCAAAAAACCAGAAGACAGGACUACAAAGAUAAUCAACUUUCUUGGUCGUAUCGGCACGUACGUAGUUCUUGCAUCCUUGUGCUGUACGGCAUCCUUAAAACCAUCGAUUGAAGGAGCAUUUUACUUUUUGGUAUUUCUUGGUGCUGCCACAUGGUGGGCUUGCAAUAAAGAAUUAAGAAAAGGUUUUGCAAUUUUAUGCAAAAUCGUUAUGAUCGUAGUGAUCGUUCAUAUUGUAGCAUUACUCAGUUAUCAAAAUCAAUGGCCUCAAGAACUCAUACCGGUUAAUAGCACGUGGUCUCGUUAUUUUGCUCUCACUGCUAUUUAUCGUACUAAUUGUACACGACCAAAUUAUGUGGAGUAUGCAGACGAUACCGAUUGGCUACCUUACGGAUACGCAUUGAGAUUAUUCUGGCUCUACUAUGUUUUGGCUCUUCAAUCACAAUUUCUCAGUAAAAAACCAGCAAAGAAAGUGGCACGAUUAAGCGGUAAGCUCGAGAACUUGGACACGCCAUUGUCCAGACAUGUUUCGAUCCGACGAAGAACACCGUCCCAAAGAUGGCAAUCCGCACGACGGAAGGCUCGCAGGCCGAUCGUUGAUACAUCGAUGAUACUUCCCAACGAGAGGACACCCUUGAUGCGUUUUGGAUCUGGAAGAACAGGACUUCUGCAAGAUUCUACCGGCAGCGUUAUCAUACAAGAUGGCCAUCAAGAUGAUAAUAUUCAAUUACAAAAUCUUGAUGAUGGUGUACCUGGAGAUAGUCCUGGCAUUUUGGAACAUAUCAUUAUGGCUGUCUACUCCAUAUUUCAAUUGAUCGUUAAUUCAUCUUAUCUCGCUACCAAUAUUAUCAUGAUGACCUGGAGUAUAAUGUAUCACAGUUGGACAACCUUUGCUCUUUUACUUUGGGCUUUGAUUCUAUGGAUGGUAUCUAAUAAACGUGCUUCAAUGAUGAAAUGUUCACCCUUCAUCGUCUUUUAUUCGACCCUUUUGUUACUUGGGCAAUACGUUUACAGUAUGGAUUUGACUGAAGAAGAAUUGCCAACUAUGGUUAACGGUAUAAAAAUAUCCGAAAUAGGAUUCAGUAAAGCACAAGAACUCAGCCGUUGGCAUUUGAUUGUUAAGUGUUCGUUCAUGUUGAUAUUUUGGAUUACAAUGAGACAAUAUACAGCAGAAUGGAAACAACAAAGACAAUUGUCAACUUUGCGAGACAUUGUCGCGCCUUUGCACGUCUCAGUUUCUACAGCUACAACAGCGAUGAAUCACGAAGUACCAGAAGUUAAAAGCAAAUUUAUGAAAGACGUUGGUAUCAUUUUAAAACAACUCUUGACAAAAUUCUGGAUCGCUGUUGUAGCCAUUACGCUCUUCAUUUGUGGUAUUACCGGUGAACGAAUGACAGUUUUCCGAAUUAUUUACAUGUCCUUAUUCCUUAUCUUCGUAAUUACAUUUCAGAUGUCCUGGUCAAUAUGGAGAAAAAUAAUGUAUACUUUUUGGAUAACUGUAAUUGGUUAUUCCAUAAUCAUGUUAAUCCUUGUAUACACCUAUCAAUUUCAAAAUUUCCCGACAUAUUGGAAUUAUUUGGGUAUAAACGAACAAUUACAAAUGGACAUUGGUUUAGAAAUAUAUGAAACGAAGGAUUUGUUUGUAAGAUUAUUGACACCAACAUUUUUCGUUAUCAUCACGGUACUUCAGAUGCACUAUUUUCAUAAUGACUUUUUACAAGUAACAACUAUCGAGAAACUCGGACCAGAAAGUGCUUUUAGGCGAACAAGUCUCGGACAUAGCCCGAGUUUGAACAUUUCUAUGACUUCACCUACAGAUAUUAUUCUUGGAGAAGAGGAAACAUCUAAUAUGUAUACUUUGAAGCAACUCAAACGAAUGUCCAAAUUGGAAAGAAUUGAACUUAUACGAAAGUUAAUGAAUCAUUUAGUUCAUUUUUACAAUUAUAGUUGGUUAUUCCUUGAGAUUCACAUGCAAAAAAUCAUUUUUAUUUCUUUAAUUCUUUUAUGUGUCAAUGAUGUAUGCGCAAUAAAUCUUCUUUUUGUUCUUGCUGUAGUAAUUGUAAUUAAUUUCAAUAGAAACAUACAGAUUAUGUCGAUCAACGUUAUAGCUGCCGUCAUUGCCCUAUUAAUGGUAACCAAAAUGUUGUAUCAAAUCAAAUAUAUUAAUCAUAAUAAUUGGAACGUAAAUUGCACGAGAGGAUUUAACGAAAGUUCAGAAAAAUAUGUUGGCAACGACACCAUAUAUAACAUCGCAGAAUGGUUUGGUAUUAAAAAAGGUGAACCAGGACAUCUUGCAGAAUUGUUGAAGGGAUACAUUGGUAUUGUUACAGUAACGACCUUAAGAAAAAUAAUUCGAAUUCGACAGUGGUUUUAUCGAAGUGCUAAAGGAGAGUCUUUGGAAACUCCUCAAGUCAUGUUUCCAAAUAUUGGCAGAAUAGACGCGGACAGGGGUAUACCAGAAUGUUUGAAGUUCCUCUUUAAUUAUGGAUUUUAUAAAUUCGGCCUUGAGAUGUGCCUUAUCGGAAUUGUUACUCUUAUUGGCAUGAGACUCGACUUUUACUCCGUUCUUUAUGGUUGUUGGCUUCUAUUGUUCUUCCCAUUGAAGAGAAAAACCGUUUCUAGGAUAUGGCCAUUCUUUAAAACGUUUGCUAUAGUAUUAUUGCCUAUACAAUAUGCUUUGGUGGUAGCACCGCCUACAUGGCUUUGCAUAGAAUAUCCUUGGAGUCGUUCGGAAAUGUUACAAAGAUUGCAAGAAUGGAUGUAUUUUCCAGAUCCAGAUUAUCCACCAAAUCCGAAAAAAUUAAUCUGUGACUUUUUAUUACUAAUGAUGAUCGUUCGUCAGAGCCUUGUCUUCAGUAUUGAACAAAGAAGCAUAAUAUCCGGUCGAGACUUCAUAGCGGGUCAUAACUUCUCUGUUUUCCAGAACAUGGAUAAUCCAAAUUUUAUGAAUCCUGUUAAAGACUACGUUUCUCAUAUACACUCUUGGUUAGAUGUAUUUAAACGCGGCGUUAUGAUGAGUCUCAUGUGGAUCACACUUUCUAUUAUGUUCUUGGCUGGGACCAAAAGAACUAAUUUGUUUUCUCUUGGUUAUCUUAUCGGUGCCUUUGUAUUCUUAUGGCAGGGUAGUGAUUUCUAUUUGAGACCAGUCAAAACAAUACUUAAAUGGUGGAAUAUGUUACUUGGUUAUAACAUCAUUGUCAUCUUUUCCAAAUCUUUACUUCAAGGUGUUGGCUGUGUCUUGAUACACGAGCUGGAAGGUUCUGCCUGCUGGCUAGUCCAAUUACUGGGUAUUGCCUGUCUUACAAAAUUCCACAGCGCAACGAACGAUAUAGGAAACGUCGGAGAGAUUUGUCAAGUACCUAGAGAAGAUAUUGGCAUGGUUUGGGAUGGAUUAUGUUUCGGAUUUCUUUUGAUGCAAAAACGUCUCUUUAAAAGUUAUUAUUUCUUCCACAUCGUGGAUGAAACAAAGGCAAUGAGUAUAUUAGCAUCGCGAGGAGCUGAACUUCUUGAAGAGUUGCAUCAGAAACGCAUAAGGAUACAAGAUAAUGUGGAAAAGACUGUUCUACAGAAACUCAAACACAAGAUGGACAAGAUCAAAGCUAAUCAGAGAAAAAUUCAGGGACCGUCAUAUAGAGAACCUCAAACCCAUAAAAUAGAUACUCUUUAUCCAGGGACUCGGCCGUUGUACAGAGUUCGCGCUCCAAAGACCAACAGAGAGGCCAUCAGGUCAGGUGACUACUACAUGUUCGAUGACUUGGACGACGACGAUGUAACCGAUAUUGUAGCUGAUGCUGAAGCAGAAAGAAAGGAAGAUGAAAAUCGUCGUGAACGUGAAAUAACUGAUAGAAGAAUGACAGUAGCUGAGCUGAUGGAUACGCUGAUUAAGACAGACAUUGAGAUAGCGACCCACGUUGCCAUGUAUGGAGGAACGAAAAAGGAUGCGUUGAGACUUCGCCGUAGGAGCGUACCGUUGACGCGGAAGAAAUCGUCCAUGUCCUAUCUGAGUGCGCGAUCCGAGACCGAGACUGCCGUGGCAACCGACGGUGCCGAUCGUGCGAGUAUUACAUCGGCUGAAAUUGAAUCGGAAGAAAAAGAAUUGGCGACUGUUGAUUUAGCAAAAACACCACCUAUUUCUGACGAUGAACGUGCGGAAGAAAAGGCGGAAGAAAAGAGUACCGAAGAUGAGGAAGAAAAGAAAGUUUCCAUUUCAACAUAUUUUCAAUUCUUAUGGGUAAUGGUGAAUAGUACUCUGAUCUCAAUGACCAAAUAUCUCAAUCAGUUUUCUCGAGAUUAUAGAUAUAUCCGUAAGGUUUUAGCGAAAGAAAAGAAAAUAUUAAAGGGUAAACCAGAUUUCAAAAUGGGUUUUAGAUUAGGAAUUAAUCAAAUGUGGCAACCGAUACCAUUGGUACAGGAUAGAUCAUCAGCCAAUGGAGAUACAGAAGAUGCUUCUGAUCCCGGUGAAGGUCCUAGUCAGGACCAACGAUCUCAGGCCGAAAGGAAAUCAUUGACGCCGUUUCAACAACACAAAACGCAAAAUGAUAUAUCCAAAUUGACCUCACCUACGAAGGAAAGCACGCUGACAGUACCUCAUAUUCGAAUCCUGGCCCCAAGUUUGGAGCGAGGAUUGGACAAGUCCUCCUCCAGCACGGUUUUCUCGCAAAUGUCACAAAUUCAAGUUGAAGAAGAGGGUGCAGAAUUAUCCGAGUUUGAUCAACCGCCGAUAAUUCAAUUGGCAGCAUCAAUAUGGUUUGGAAUUUUGGCACAUUCAAGUCUGUUGUGUUACUUUAUGGUAUUUCUUCAUCAAAUUAAAAAUGCCUCUGUUAUCUCUACACCAUUACCUCUGAUGGUAUUUUGUUGGGGUUCUCUCACAAUCCCACGACCUUCGAAAACAUUUUGGGUGACUUUAAUCGCUUAUACAGAAGCAAUCGUCAUUAUGAAAUGCAUUUUCCAAUUGGAUUUCAUUCCUUGGAAUCAAAUAGCAACAUCCAGUCAUCCACUUUUCGGACCGAGAAUUAUUGGCGUUGAAAGACAACCAAAUUAUGCUCUAUGGGAUUUAUUGUUAUUACUUAUGGUUUUCUUCCAUAGAUUAAUGCUCAAAUCAUUGGGACAGUGGACUACACCAUCGAUAAAACCAAGAAAGAUAAUUCCUUCUCAAAUGACAGUGAUUACAUCUAGAACUGUUGAUCCUUCCUCUGGAGAUGGCCAAACGGAAGAAACAAUAACACAUCCUUGGCAGCAAGGAACUACAGAAUCACAUAUUGAUAUUAAAACACCAAAAGGUAGAAACUUAAAUAUUAAGGUAGCAACGGAUGCGCAAAGUAGCACACCAACGGUAGAUGAAAAUGAAAAAUUAGUAGCUAUUCAAAGUGAAGAAGUGCAUCCUCACAGUGAAAACAUUUCAACUACCAUGAAUAUGACAGUUAAUAAGUAUCUUGAACCUACAAGAGAAUUCUUUACUAGAAUUCUUAGUCCUGUUGGCAAAGAAAAGACAAAUGUCUAUGCAUACAUGUUCCUUUGUGAUUUCUUUAAUUUCAUUCUGUUAAUUUUUGGAUUUUCUGCAUUUGGUACACAACAAGGUGAUGGAGGAGUGACAGCUUAUUUGCAAGAAAACCGAGUGCCAAUGCCUUUCUUACUCAUGUUAUUACUUCAAUUUGCAUUGAUAGUUAUCGAUAGAGCUUUAUUUUUGAGAAAAUCCAUUGUAGGAAAAUUAAUCUUUCAAUAUUUUCUCAUAUUUGGAGUUCACAUGUGGAUGUUCUUCAUAUUACCGAGUGUUACAGAAAGACAAUUCAAUGAUCGACUACCACCUCAGAUCUGGUACAUGAUGAAGUGCUUUUAUUUAUUACUUGCAGCAUAUCAAUUGCGCCAAGGAUAUCCAACUCGCAUACUUGGCAAUUUCUUAUGCAAAAAAUAUAGUAUUGUAAAUUACGUCUUAUUCAAAGGAUUCAUGUUAGUUCCAUUCUUGUUUGAAUUACGAGCUGUCAUGGAUUGGAUUUGGACUGAUACUUCAAUGACAAUAAUGGACUGGUUCAAAAUGGAAGACAUUUUUGCUAGUAUUUAUCAAAUCAAGUGUAUGCGUGGAGUGGAAACAGAUUUUCCACAACCACGAGGAGAAAAAAAGAAACAAAUGAGCAAAUAUCUCGUUGGUGGUGGUGCACUUUGUGUUAUAAUAGGUCUUAUAUGGUUCCCAUUACUAUUGUUUGCUCUUGGGGGAACAGUUGGAGUUUCAAAUUUACCUUAUGAAGUAUCAAUGAAGAUAGGUAUAGGACCAUACGAACCAAUUUAUUCUAUGACUGCUCAGACCAGUUCAAUCAUUGAAUACAGUGAAGAAGAAUUUAAAAAUCUUACUGAUUUGUAUACACGAGAUAAAGAAGCUGUUACCUUCUUAGAAAAUUAUUUUAAUACUGAUGUAGCAGUUAUUAAACUUUGGGGUUUCUCCAGAAAAUUAUGGGACAUUUCACCUCCUGACAAAGAAAAAUUAAUGAUGGAACUAAAAUCUGAUGCAGACGUUUUUGUGCAUAUUGAAUGGACAGUUUGUAGAAAAACUAAUGUGAAAGAUUCAACUGGUAUAUCAACAAGUCAUCGUGAUGUACCAUUACCAGCAUUUAUAAAUGGAGAAUUUAAUCCAACGAGAAAGAAAUUAGCAGACAUGUUGUCUGUAGAAAGUAUGAAUUCGUCUAACGCUACAAUCAUCAUACCAUUUGCAUUUCCAAAAUUCCUUAAGGUUACAAGUAGAGCUACCGAUUACGUACCGCAAUUAAUGAAAUUACCAAGUUCACAAUCAUUUACUACGAAAGAAGAAGGUAGCACGCCUACCGAUGAUUAUCUAUUUAGAAAUAUUAGUCUUCAAUUAUCUACUGAUCGACAAUGUUGUGCACAUCAGCAAUGGUGGAUCGUACAAGAAGUUUGCGACGAUCGUCUUUAUUUAGACUUGUUACAAAAUAUACCAUUGAAUAAUUGCAAAUAUAUUAUGAUGUUUUUGUUCAAUGACAAAGCAUUCCCAGAAGGAUUGAGCUUCAUUAGUGGAUUUGGAAUUUUGGGCUUGUAUACCACUGCUGUAAUUGUGAUAAGUCAAAUGAUGCGUAAGAUAGUAAGCGACAUGGCACCAAAGAUAAUGUUCGAUGAUCUGCCAUAUGUCGACAGAAUUCUUCGAUUAUGUUUAGAUAUAUAUUUGGUACGCGAAAGUGGUGACUUAUGUUUGGAAGAAGAUUUGUUCGCAAAACUUAUAUUCUUGUAUAGAUCUCCAGAAACGCUUAUCAGGUGGACGAGACCACCGGAAGAAGGAGAGCGCACUGACAAUGAAGAUCAAGAUGAAGAAGAUGGUAAUGAGGAAGUAGCAGAAGGAAGAGAAUUACGUGAAAGACCUCAUCGUGAUUGAAUUAUUCAAAAUAAUAAUGAUGAUGAUUAUCUGAUGACAUAAGAAUGAAGAAACAUGAUGGUAUAUAUAGUGUGUUCAAUUUUAUAAAAUAAAAAUCAAUGCUGUCGAUAUUCGAUCUUGAAGUCAGCUUCGAGUAUAUUUCACGAUAUACUUUAACAAUCGUUACUUACACAUAUAUAUAUAUAUUGCUAAAGAAAGAAAAAGUUCUAUAUCAAGAAAAACUUUGUUCUUAUCAAGCAAGAGGAGUAUGAUGAAGACAAAAAACUCUUCAUCAUUACCUGAAACUACAGAAACAUGCUUCUAAUAAUGAUGCAAUUUAUAAGUGGCUUAUAAAUAAAGAAUGUGAUGCCUUCGGUAUGCAAA